GGUGCUAGACUGACAGGCAGAGAGGGAGAGAGAGAGUGAGGAGACUGACAGUAUCCCAGACUGUGAGAAAGUAAAGCGCUUGUUUUUUGGAUUUUACAGACUGUCACAAACGAUCUGCGCUCUAGCAUGAGUUCAGCAGCAUCCCUGGAUUAAUCCCACUUGCAGCCUACUUGCAAAGCGCAAGUUCGCUCGCACUUUCUCGAGGACGACUCGCGCACAGGAAAACGACGAUGGAGAGGAGCAUCCCGGGAUGGUGCGUGCUGUUAACCCUCGUCUUGCACGGAACGCGCUGCAUGGCGGCCAAGGAGCUCCAGUGCCAGGAGAUCUCCGUGCCUCUGUGCAAAGGCAUCGGCUACAACUACACCUACAUGCCCAACCAGUUCAACCACGACACGCAGGACGAAGCCGGCCUGGAGGUGCACCAGUUCUGGCCGCUGGUGGAGAUAAAGUGCUCGCCGGACUUGCGCUUCUUCCUCUGCAGCAUGUACACACCGAUCUGCCUGGAGGACUACAAGAAGCCACUGCCGCCGUGCAGGAGCGUGUGUGAGCGGGCCAAAGCUGGAUGCGCUCCGCUCAUGAGGCAGUACGGCUUCCCGUGGCCAGACCGGAUGAGGUGCGACCUGCUGCCCGAGCAAGGCAACCAGGACACGCUGUGCAUGGACUAUAACCGGAGCCAGACCACCACUGCUUCUCCCGUGGUGGCGAAGCCGACCAACCGGCCCCUGAAGCCGUUCAACAACAGGAAGAAGAGCGGCUACGGCCGCGGCAUCCCCGGGAAACACAAACCAGCUGUUUCCCCGUGUGAGCCGGGAUGUUUCUGCCGUGCGCCCAUGGUGCCGGUGACCAGCGACAGCCACCCGCUGCACAACCGCGUCAAGACGGGACAGAUCCUGAACUGCGCCAUGCCGUGCCACAACCCCUACUUUACCCAGGAAGAGAGAACUUUUACCGCCUUCUGGAUCGGCCUGUGGUCCAUCCUGUGCUUCAUCUCCACUUUCGCAACUGUGGCGACUUUCCUGAUCGACAUGGAGAGGUUUAAGUACCCGGAGCGCCCCAUCAUAUUCCUCUCCGCCUGCUACAUGUUCGUGUCAGUUGGAUACAUAGUCAGACUGAUCGCCGGACAUGAGGAAGUGGCCUGCAACAGAGAAAACGGCGCUGAGCACAUCCACUAUGAGACCACAGGUCCUGCGCUCUGCACCAUUGUUUUCCUGCUCAUCUACUUCUUCGGCAUGGCCAGCUCGAUCUGGUGGGUGAUACUGUCCCUCACGUGGUUUCUGGCCGCAGGUAUGAAGUGGGGGAACGAGGCUAUAGCCAGUUACGCACAGUACUUUCAUUUGGCCGCCUGGCUCAUCCCCAGCAUGAAGUCAAUAGCAGUUUUGGCUCUGAGCUCUGUGGACGGGGACUCUGUGGCUGGGAUUUGCUACGUGGGCAACCAGAAUCUGGAUAACCUGCGGGGUUUCGUGUUGGCACCGCUGGUUAUCUACCUGUUCAUCGGCACCAUGUUUCUGCUGGCCGGGUUCGUUUCUCUGUUCAGGAUCAGGAGCGUAAUCAAGCAAGGGGGGACCAAGACUGACAAGCUGGAGAGGCUGAUGAUCCGGAUAGGAGUUUUCACAGUUUUAUACACAGUCCCAGCUACUGUCAUAGUGGCGUGUUACUUUUACGAGCAGCACAACCGACAGACGUGGGAAAUUACGCACAACUGUACGUGCCAGACGGACCCGAACAGGCAGAGGCCGGACUAUGCCGUGUUCAUGCUGAAAUACUUUAUGUGCCUCCUGGUGGGCAUCACGUCAGGAGCCUGGAUCUGGUCCGGGAAAACACUGGACUCCUGGAGAACUUUUUGCACGCGGUGUUGCUGGGGGAGCAAAGCCUCCGCGGGCUCCAUGUACAGUGACGUGAGCACGGGACUGACCUGGAGGUCCGGGACGGCCAGCUCCGUCUCCUGCCCCAAACAGAUGCCACUGUCCCGGGUUUGAUCCUUUGGAUCAGAUGUCAUUUGGCACUAAAGACUAAAAGCAGCGCGUAUCUGCUCUGUUUGGGGACACAGCGACGUGAAGACUGAUUCAAAUGAUUUUAUGUGGUAAAUUAUUCAAAAGUGAGUCACCGGACUGCCAGGUUAGAUGAAAAUUUGGUCACGAGCACUCCCCUAAUGUGAACUGUUGGAUUUGUGGCCAUUCUGCUUGUAAAAGUUACAAGAAUCAGUUUAGAGAGUUCUCCUUCCUCGCCUUAUCCAAAUGACGUGCUUAGGCUGGA